GAACUCUUGAAAUCAAUAAAAAAAUUUGUUUUUCCAUUUGAUCCAUCCUUUAAAAGUCCCAUAGUUGACCACUUCACAUUUGUGCUGACUGACAUUGAUGGCAAGUUCAAGUUUGGCUUCUGCAGAUUGUCUGAAGGCUCCAAGCUCUGUCACUGUGUUGUUAGUUGCCAUCCAUGGUUUGAGAUAUUCUAUAGACUGCUCAAUCAAUUCUCUGAUCUCAUGAACAGCCACCAAGUGUCGUACAUAAACAAAUGGAUUGAUUCCUUACUGCGCAUAAACUACCUGAACAGCACUGAACCCGCAUCAAACAGAGAACUCACUUCAUCAUCUGUUUUUGUAUUUCAAGUUCCAGAUGCUACAAAGCUCAUGUCCAUUCCACAAUCAAGAAACCUCACUGAAUAUUAUUGCGCGGUUGACUCAAAAAAUAUGAUGCAAAUAUUUGCAAGCAUGUUGCUGGAGAGGCGGAUCAUCGUAACGAGCCACAAGUUGAGCAAGCUGACAGCAUGCAUCCACACAGCAGCCCAUCUCUUGUUCCCUUUCCACUGGCAACAUAUCUUCAUCCCCAUACUGCCUCCACAUCUUCUCGACUUCUGCAGUGCUCCCAUGCCUUUCCUCAUUGGGAUCCACACUUCCCUCUGGAAUCGAAUCAACAAGGAUGAUUUGAGUGAUGCGUUGGUUCUGGACGCAGAUGCUAACGAUAUUCUGUCAGAGUUCAAUGACCUUGACCACUUCCCACCCGAUGUGCUUGCUAAAUUGAAGAAGUACUUGAACGUGAAGACGAAGAUGAAAAACUUGGACGGUGAAAUCAUUCCUCGGGCCUUUCUUAAAGUUCUCGUUAUCAUCUUUGGAGGCUACAGAACAGCAUUUAAAAUGAACGAAGACAAAGAGAUUGUAUUCGAUAGUGGCUUGUUCCUACAAAGUCGACCCAAACACAUGAAGAAUUUUCUGCAGGUGGUGCUGCAGUCGCAGAUAUUUCAGCAGUUCAUCGAGGAAAGAUUGAACUUGAUAAAAGCCAAGAAGGGCUACAAUGAUGCUUUUGAAGCAGAAAUAUCCACGUACGAUAGCAAACGUGUGAAGCGUAAGGUAUGUAUGCACUGCGUUCACACCAUCCACAUUAUCCAUUCACAAAUUUAUCAUUAG